UCACGUGAGCUAGAGUGAAAAUAGCUGACGAGCAUUAUAAUGGCAGAGGUGGAAUGGGCUGGUCCACGUCUCCGGUUUCCCCAAAACUCAGAAAAAGAACAUCUUGGCCUAAAAUCUUCCCAGCAACAGCUAUUAAGCAUCGUAAAUCUCGUUGAGAUACUUGAUUUGCUGAGAAAGCAUCAAUACUCAGGUACAGAUUAUCAUGAUCUUGGUCUUCGUCUGGGACUUUCACCUCGUACUCUUGAUAUUAUUACUAAAGAUCAUACUGGAGAUGUCAAUAGCUGUCUGAAAAAGUGCCUCGAAGAAUGGUUAAAACAAUCUGAUAAUAGCAUGGUGGUUGCUGGUCCAACUUAUGAUUCACUGAUAAAAGCACUGAGGAAUAUUAAUCAAAAUGCUGUAGCAGAUGGAAUAGAUAGAGAAAAACAUCCUGCUUGUGUUAUUUUUUCUCGCUGUAAAUCUGAUCAGUCUAUUGUGAAUUCCCUUCCACAGCUUGCCAUACUCCUUCACAAGGAGAAGAUCAUUGUUGAGCAAAUAGUGCCUAAAGAAGUAUCAGCAUUGCUUAUAGAAGUAAAAGAUGCUAUUUGUGCUGAUUAUCGCAAUCUUGAAAAGUUCAUCUUUAUUCUUAUGAAGUUGAAUAAUGAGCCUGUCACGUCAAUAGCUGAUUCAAUGCUAAAGGAAUAUAGAAAUGUAUUUGCUAAUAAUGAAUGCACUAUGAUUUCUACAGAGCAUGUAAAUUUUAAUCUUCCACUGGAAUUAAAUGAAGAGUUUACAAGGAUUCGUAACAAGUUUGGUGACUUACUAGAUGAUGUAGCAAAUGCAAUGGAUGAUACAGUAGAUGUCGAAAAAUUAAAGAAAUAUGUUAGUCGUUCUAACAAACACCUGAGAUCUGGACUUGCUCUAUGUCAGUCCACAGAUGAAGUUGUACAACUGAUUGGAGAUGAUUGUUCACUGAUAAAUACUGCUUUGUUAGAAGGAAUUAUUGAUCGAUUUAAAGUUGACAAGGCAGAAGCUGCUAUGAAAAUUUACAAAGAUGAGAUCGAGAAAUUUUAUAAAGAACCUCUUCAUCGAUGUUUGAAUAAACAAUUAGCAUCUUUUUCUCCUCUUCAUUGUGAAACAGCUUUUAUUACUGUUGAUCAAAACAUUGAAGAUUAUAAAUUAAAAGACAUUCAAGAUUUGAUGACUGUUGCUUUUCAAAGGCUGGCACCACACAUCAAAGUGAUUUUUAUUAUAAGGGCUAAUUCGUUCUCAAUCAUUUGUUCCUUUCCUCUUGUUCUCUCUGAGUCACUUGUUGCUGCUGCACUUGAAAAUAUUGAACUACUAAUAGAGAAAAAUGUACAAAAAUUAAUCAUUGGAUACUGCAUUAUGUACGACAGGGAUCAGGUGAUUAAAGAAUGUGAAGGAAAAGAUUUAAAACAUUAUAUUACUUCGUCAGAAUUUUAUUCAUCUGUGUACACUAGUAAAAGCACAAUGGAGCAGUUACAAGUAUCAAAAAAAAUAAAUUUAUUGUCUUUGGGAAAUUACGAAACAAUAGAAGACUUGGAACAAGGGCUUGAAGAUGAGGGGAGAGGAGCAGGAUUGCAUGAAUAUGAAUCAGUCUCGGCAGGACAGUUACAAGCAAUGCAGAAAGAUCUGAAUAUUAUUAAAGAAGAGAAAAUUAAAUUAGAGCAUAAAUUGUAUGAAGAAAAGAGGAAGAGUAAUGAAUUGCAAAGAAGACUAGAUAACCCACUACCAAAUGAAAGAGCAAACAGAGUAGAAAGAGAUAAUGAAUUCUUGAGACAUGAUAAGUGGAAACUGGAAGAGAGACUUAAAGAGGAGAAAAGGAAUAGUGAAGAAUGGAGACAUAAAUAUGAACAAGCUGCUCAUUCCAGACCUAAUCCAGUGGAAGAUGAACUCAGAAGAAGAAAUGGCAUGCUGAAUCAAGAAAUAGCUACACUGAACCAACAUUUACAAAGAGAGAGAGGUAUCUUUCAGAUGAAAGUAAGACAGGUGGAAGAAGUUGAUGCUAAGUUGCACUCGCAAGAAUUAAGGUAUAGCGAACUGGAUAAGGCAUAUCAACGGGAAAAAAGAAAUAUACAGAACCUAAAGGACUACAUUGCAAAUCUUGAGAAAGAGGUAUUAGAUUUGACAGAAUCUAAAGGAAAAUUGAAGUCAGAUUUAGAAGAUUGCCAGUGUAAACUUAAAGAUCACGAGAAAUUAAAAAUUGAUGAAAUGAAGAAGUUUCUUGCCAAAGAAUUGGUUAAACUACAUGGGGAGUUGAUGGAGCUGUAUGAAGAUGAAUUGAUGAUUGAAAAAGAACUUGACAAGAAAGAUAGUGCAACAGCUAAAACUGUUCCUGGAUCAGAACCAAAUUCUUUUUCAUCUAGUUGAUUGAUCAGUUAGUUUUUGUUUUAUUUAUUAUUUAUUUUUACAAAA